CGAUGGUGCAGCGGUGCCAGGUUGAAGUGUUGUAUUUUGCCAAGAGUGCUGAAAUAGCAGGCGUGCGUUCCGAGACCAUUUCUGUGCCUCAAGAAAUACAGGCAUUGCAGCUGUGGCAAGAGAUAGAAGCUCGGCAUCCUGGAUUGGCUGAUGUGAGACGUCAGGUGAUAUUCGCUGUUCGUCAAGAAUAUGUCGAACUUGGAGAUCAACUCCUCCACCUUCAGCCGGGAGAUGAAGUUGCCAUCAUCCCCCCCAUUAGUGGAGGGUAGUGCGUUGGAGCCGUGCAGGAAAGAUAUGGAUGAAGUUGAAGAGAAACCUAAAGAUAUAAUAAAAUUCACGACUGAGAAACUCGCGGUGGAGGAGAUCUCACAGCUGGUGAUUUCUCCACCCUGUGGUGCUGUGUCCCUGUUUGUAGGGACUACAAGAAAUAACUUUGAAGGGAAGAAAGUCCUUAGCUUAGAAUAUGAAGCUUAUCUGCCAAUGGCGGAAAACGAGAUCAGAAAGAUCUGCGGUGACAUCAGGCAGAGGUGGCCGGUCGCACACAUAGCCGUGUUCCAUCGACUCGGCUUGGUUCCGGUGUCAGAAGCCAGCGUUGUCAUUGCUGUGUCCUCGGCCCACAGGGCUGCGUCGCUGGAAGCCGUGAGCUUCGCCAUUGACCACUUAAAAGCCAAGGUGCCCAUAUGGAAGAAGGAAAUAUACGAAGAGUCGUCAUCAGCUUGGAAGAGAAACAAAGAAUGUUUUUGGGCAAGCAAGGAUUAAUGAGUUGUAUUUUUUGAGCUCUCAAACUUGGUAAAGUUUGACCACAGAGCCCCUUGUUAUUGUUCUCCGCAGAUUAAGACAGGUCACUGAGGCCCAGCGUUGUGGGCCAGAGGGACUAAGAAGAGAAACAGCACAAAUAUGUGGGGAGUAAGGGUGCAGGGUUACUUAGGGACUAAGCUAACGCAGGGACUUCAGGGAGGAAGUGGAGUGACAUAAAUGCGGGAAGAGUUUUAACUCUCACCUGUAGCUGUGGCUCACCUGUAGCUGUGGCGCCACCCUCUUAGUCUCAGACAGGGCUACCCCCACCCCGACCCUUACUCCCCAGACAAUCUUGAUAUAUAUUUUUAGAACUUAGUAUAUUUUUAAAAAGAAACUAAUUGGACCCAAACUUUUAUAAGUUUGCAAACUGCCUUCCCAUUUUUAAAAAGAUCAGUGCUAAUACCUAAAAAUAUUUUAUAUGACUGCGAUUUCUAGUGUUCCAUGACCUUGACCAUAAUUCUUGUUGCAUUUUUAUGCUUAUUAAAGCUAGAUCAAUAUACAAGUCAGCAUGAAAUUGUAAACUGUAAUCAGCUUAGUUUGCAUGAAAGUAUUAGUGGGUGUUUAAAAUUUAACUUGCCAACUUUAUUAGAAAUUGUUUAAGGAGAGUCAUAAGAAAGAUUAUAUGGUCAUUAAUUAAGCCAUUUCCCAUUACUUUCUAGUUUCUUAUACACAGUGAUCAUUAGUGAAGUAUUGAUAAGCAGUUAAAUUUUCUGCAAGAUUUUUAUGAGAUGGUAAUCUAGUUUUUAGCUAUAAUAUCUUCAGAUUUGUAUGUACAAGUUCCAUAUAAUUUAUUUUUUUCCAACUCUCAUUUUACUGGUGCAUACUUGAUAAAUAAAAAUUGUAUAUAUUUUA